AUGAGUGCCUUUCAGAACGUUGCCCUCCUUGGUAAAGGUCUCCUUGGAUCCGCAAUCCUGAAUGAGCUUGUAAAUGCCGGCUUUACAGUCACCGUCUUUGGUCGUUCCGAGUCUUCUAAAGAAGGCCUGCCCUCUGGAGUAAAGUUUACGACGGUAGACUAUGCUUCUAUUGAUAGUCUCACCUCGGCUCUCCAAGGUCAGGACGUCGUCGUCUCGACCGUCAGCAAGGGCGGCUUAUUUAGCCAAAACUUAGUGAUUGACGCCAGCAUUAAAGCGGGAGUCAAGCGCUACAUCCCGUCGGACUUUGGUGGCUUCACUACCGACCCCAAGGCGCACCGCGAGCUCGCCAACGUGCUCGCUCCCAUGAUCAGCACCCAGACCUACCUUGCAGAGAAGGCCCGCUCUGGCGAGAUUGAGCAUACAAUCUUCUCCAUUGGCGCUUUCCUCGACUUGAUUGUCAAGUUUCCAAUGGCUUUCGAUUACUCCAACAAGUCUACUCGGCUUGUGGACGGUGGACGUCACCCCUGGAGCGCCACCAGCCUCGCCAGCAUCGGCAAGGCUGUGGCUGGGUCUCUGAAGAACCCCGAGGCAACCAAAAACAAGAACCUUCAUAUUCACGAACUGGUUGUGACACAGGCGCAGCUUUACGCCCUGGCAAAAAAGUACUCCCCGCCAGGAACGGAAUGGAAGGAGACAUACCUAGACGGGGAGGCUGAGUUCUCAAAGGCCGUCCAGGCUGCUCAAGAGGACCUGAACGAGGGAACUUUACUGGGUACAAUUGUAGCGGCCCUCCUAAGUGGAAGAUAUGCUGCUGAGUACAAGCAAGUUGAUAACGAGCUUGUUGGCGUUCCCCUUCUUACUGAGGAGGACUUGGACGCGAGAUUUGCGGCUCUAUACAAGUCUUAG